CUCCCUCUCUUCAGUAUAGAGGAUAUGAAAACUGCAUCCUAAAGCUCAUCAUAUGGUCCCAGGGGGUGAAAUACAACUCUGUUACUGUUCUCAGACGAAUACACGGGCUAUACAAGGAACGUAUGGACUUUCCACACUGCAGAUGGUCCUGCAAGAAAACCUGCCUUAUCAUUUAUCUUUCGGAGUCAAAACUAGCGUGUGAAUGGUAAGGGAAACUAAUUAAAGCAGGACAUUAUCUAACAGUUGGCAGGCAGCAUAUGAGUGGGUGAGGACUGAGGUGUCCAGAAGAGGAGAGUCAACAGCACCCUACCCAGGGCAUUGCCACUGACAACCCAGCUCAGCACCACACACUGUGACCUGAACAGAAAACCUAACCAACCUUUCAAUCUAGUUCCACUGCGUCUUCUGUCCUGGGCAAAACCACUAAUCUCCUCAUGCUGGAUAUCAAGAAUAAGAUGGAAGCCACCCAAAUCCAAAAGGUGGAUCAAAUCCUGUCUGAGUUCCAUCUCCAGGAGGAAGAUUUGCAUGUUCUGAUGUGUAGGAUGCAGGCUGAGAUGGAGAGGGGUCUUCACCUGGAAACCAAUGAGGAGGCCAGUGUUAAAAUGCUGCCCACCUAUGUUCGUUCUACACCUGAUGGUUCCGAGGUGGGUGACUUCCUAGCCCUGGACCUUGGGGGAACCAACUUUCGAGUCAUGUUGGUAAAGGUUGGGGAGGAUUUGGAAGGGCAGUGGAAAGUGGAGACAAAACACAAAAUGUAUUCAAUUCCAGAGGAUGCCAUGACUGGAACAGCGGAGAUGCUAUUCGACUACAUUGCAGAAUGCAUUUCUGAUUACCUGGACCAGCAAAACAUGAAACACAAGAAACUGCCCCUGGGAUUUACCUUCUCUUUCCCAGUUAGGCAUGAGGAUAUUGACAAGGGUAUUCUUCUCAACUGGACCAAAGGAUUCAAAGCAUCUGGAGCAGAAGGAAACAAUGUUGUUGGACUCCUUAGAGAUGCUAUCAAGAGACGUGGUGAUUUUGAGAUGGAUGUGGUUGCCAUGGUGAAUGAUACAGUGGCCACUAUGAUAUCUUGUUACUAUGAAGACCAUCACUGUGAGGUUGGCUUGAUCGUAGGGACAGGUUGUAACGCCUGCUACAUGGAGGAGAUGAGUAAUGUGGAGUUGGUAGAAGGAGAGGAGGGACGUAUGUGUGUGAACACAGAGUGGGGAGCAUUUGGCGACACAGGGGAACUGGAGGAUUUCCGUCUGGAGUAUGACCGAGUGGUGGAUGAGGCAUCUCUUAAUCCUGGUCAGCAACUCUAUGAAAAGAUGAUUGGUGGAAAAUACAUGGGAGAGCUGGUGAGACUAGUCCUGAUAAAGAUGGUGAAUGAGAAUCUGAUAUUUGGAGGAGAAUCUUCUGAAAAGCUGAAGACCCGAGGAGCCUUUGACACACAAUUUGUGUCCCAGAUAGAGGCGGACACCUCAGAUUUUAAGCAGACUCUCAACAUCCUGCGGACUCUAGGGGUUCAGGCCACAAUUGGAGACUGUCAUGCUGUGCGCUUAGCAUGUGAGAGUGUAUCUACUCGAGCUGCCGUCAUGUGUUCCUCCGGCCUUGCUGCGAUAUUGAACCGCAUGCACCAAAGCAGAAGAGGGGAACUGUCUCGAAUUACAGUGGGAGUCGAUGGAUCUGUGUACAAACUACAUCCUAGUUUCAAAGACAAGUUCCAUGCCACUGUGCACAAACUGACUUCAGGCUGUGAAAUUACCUUCAUUCAGUCAGAGGAAGGAAGCGGGCGUGGUGCUGCCCUAAUAUCAGCAGUGGCGUAUAAGAUGGCUGUCCUGAUUGGUCACUAGUGAGAAAUGCAUACAUGACAUACAGACCCAGAAGCCACUCUUAGGUUUGCAGUGCAUUCCACAGAUCUGAAGAGAUUCCUUCAUAUUUACAAUGUAGAACAUCUGACAAAACAUUCUGCUUCUAAGUGCAAUUACUUACUAAGGGGAAUCUUACUCUAAAACAGCUUUAUAAAAUGCACAGAGAGCUAAUUUCGCUGUUGCAGUGUUCCUCUGGAUACUGCCAUAAGGUGUACUGAAGAUAUAUCCAGAAAUCAGUAGGCAAGAGAUCCAAAGACCAUUUCUAUGUUUACACAAUAAAUGGCUUUCACAAACAUGUUCUACAGAGCACAGAUCCACCAAACAUUGGAGUGUCCACUAACCAAGCGAAAUGAAUUCAACACUGGAAAAUAACUACAGAAGACAUUUGCAAAAUGCUAAGUCAAUAGCAACUAACAGAUAAGGGGUUCCAAAGAUAAUGGCUAUUAUUAGACCCUAAGGAGAUUGAGUUAUCCACCAAAAACUGCCACUAAUAAGUGUUCAACCUGGUGUUUCUUAGACAUCAUAUCAAAUCUUGACAAAAGUUAUGUGGCGGAGCAUUCAACCCAUGACAAUUUACCACUAGCAUUUGCUGCUUACGCCCUUCACCGGUUUAAGAGUUACUUAGAGCUUACACCUCAAGUGGAGAACCACCAGGCAGCACUUCUGUGAUCCAGAUCAAUGACCAUUCGUCAUGUAUAUUACACAGCCAUCAAAAUGUGAGAAUGAACUAAAUGUAUCAAUAGCCACACCAGCAGCCACUGUUCCUCCUAAACUUUUCAAGCAUCAACAUUAAAUCAUCUAAAAGCCUCCCAUCACGGGAACAUUUGUGAAAUGUCAAAGGCUGUCAAGAAAUACAGAAAAGGACAGAACUGCAUCUCAGUAUAUUAAAUGAAACACGCAGAUUGCUUGUACAGUUAUCUAUAAAUAUAUUCACUGAACCUAGUCUAUAUAACAUAUUGGGGCAUCAUCUGAUCAUCUGUUCUGAAAUCAGUUGACAUUUUUGGCUAGAUUUCGCCACUGACUAUUACUCAGGUAGUGAUUUGUAAAAUUCUCUACUACCCUUCAGGAACAGUCUAUGGAUAGAAGAGACACAGGAGGAAUAUUCUGUUUACAGUAAAAGACAACCUAGACUAUUCUACUAACAGACAAAUAGACAUGAAACUUGGAGCUGGACUUUAUCAGAAGCCAGAAUGUGAUGAAGUAAUUGGGAAUGAUGUCACUAAACAAAGUCUUUGUCAUUGGUGACAACUGGAACAUGUGAUGUAAUGAGGAACACAGUGUCAGUACCAAGAAAAUUGUAUUUACAUUAAUAUCAUUAUUGUGCCAGUGAUAUGUAUGUCACAAUGGCAAUACGCAGGCAGUGAAUGUUUUCUCAUAUAAAUAAUAUUAUUUAGGCUCCUACAGAAAUUACUGCUGCAGAAAAGCCUGCUGCUGCUAAAGACAGAUAUAAGGACUUUAAAAUAAAUAAAAAUUGGAAAAGGACCUCAUAGGAAAUAGCAAUGGUAAUGGAAGACUUGCCUGGGAUUGCUUUCUUCUGGAUGUGAAUUUUUUUAACUGAUACCACAAUGGUGAAUGAGAGUGCAUGCACAGACGAGGGGUCGGUUAUUUCACUUUCACGUAAGCCACAAAGCCAUUGUCAAAUCUUAAGGCAACAUCCACAUAAAUAUAAGGGUUUGCUAAUGGAUGGUAAUAAUGAAUACAAUCCAGACUCAUUUAUGUGGGUCCCCAUGUAGACUGUUCUUCUUCUCUUGUUAAGUGUAGAUGCAGACCAUGGGUCCCAGCAUGCUACAUCUACCAGCAUUCCUGUUUGGGCAAAUUGCCCAUCUUCUACUGAGGGACAAGGUGUCCAAGAACUAAAAUGGAACUUGAUCCAGAAUUUCAGGUCAUCUGUGUCAUGCUGGUUUAAUGACAUAUUUUAUGCGUAUUAAUUUAGCAGAAUUAUAUAUCUGUUUUGUUUUUAUUGUUAUGUUGUCCACAAAAUUAGAGAUUAUAUGUUCAAUGUAUUAAUUGGUAUCAGUUUAUUUGUUGGAAAUAAUAAAUAUGUCAUGUUGCAA